ACUCCAGGGAGGGGUCUUCUCCCCCCUCCCCCAAUACCGCCCCUUCACCUCCUUCCAGACACGGCGCCAAUUCCAGCUCUUGCAGGUGAACAGGGGGAUGUCCGUGUUGUUCUAUGUGACAUUUCUCACUUUCUUCCGUGGCCUCCAAGCGAGCAUGGACCCCCGCCCGGUGCCCGAAGACUCCCUCAACUCUCUCGUCAUCAAGCUGAUCCAGGCUGACAUCCUGCGAAACAGGCUGGCCAAGCAGGCGGUGGACGUGAAGGGGGAAACCCCGGGGGAGUCGGGGACACACGAGCCCAAGGCGGGCUUCCAGCCGUUGGUCGCAGCCGACCCGGACGUCUUGCGGCAGCAGAGGCGUUACAGCUCGCCACGCGUCCUGCUGAGCGACAGCACCCCAGUGGGGCCCCCUCCCCUCUACCUCCUGGAGGACUUCGUGGAGACCCCGGGGGCCCCCAACCGGACAUCCCGCCGGCGCCGCCACGCGGAGCACCGGAGUCACCGUGGGGAGUACUCGGUGUGCGACAGCGAGAGCCUCUGGGUGACCGACAAGUCCUCGGCCGUUGACAUCCGCGGACACCAGGUGACCGUCCUGGGAGAGAUCAAGACCGGGAACUCCCCGGUCAAACAAUACUUUUACGAGACGAGAUGCAAGGAAGCCCGGCCAGUGAAAAACGGCUGCCGAGGCAUCGACGACAAGCACUGGAACUCUCAGUGCAAGACUUCUCAGACGUACGUGAGAGCUCUCACCUCCGAAAACAAUAAACUGGUUGGUUGGAGAUGGAUCCGCAUAGACACGUCCUGCGUCUGCGCUCUGUCCCGCAAGAUAGGCCGGACAUGAGCCGGCCCCACCCCUCCCC